UGGAGAGCGGCGGAGGUGAGCGAAGAUAGUCCAAGUCCCAAAAGACAGCGCCUUUCUCAUUCAGUCUUUGACUACGCAGCAUCAUCACCAGCCCCAUCACCACCAAUGCGACCAUGGGAGAUGACAUCAAAUAGGCAGCCUCCUUCAGCUCGACCAAGCCAACAUCACUUCUCAGGGGAACGAUGCAACACACCUGCGCGCAACAGAAGGAGCCCUCCUGUUAGACGCCAGAGAGCAAGGAGAGAUCGACUGUCUCGACAUAAUUCCAUUAGUCAAGAUGAAAACUACCAUCUUCCUUAUGGACAGCAACAAGCAAUAGAAGAACCACGAGCCUUUCACCCACCAAAUGUGUCUCCCCGUAUGUUACACCCAGCUGCUCAUCCACCACAGCAGAAUGCAGUCAUGGUUGACAUCCAUGAACAGAUUCACCAGGGCACAGUCCCUGUUUCAUAUACAGUGACCACAGUAGCACCACAUGGGAUCCCACUUUGCACAGGUCAGCACAUACCAGCUUGCAAUACACAGCAGGUCCCAGGGUGUUCUGUGGUUUUCAGUGGGCAGCACCUCCCUGUCUGCAGUGUGCCUCCUCCAAUGCUUCAAGCUUGUUCUGUUCAACACUUGCCGGUUCCAUAUGCAGCGUUCCCACCCCUCAUUUCUAGUGAUCCAUUUCUCUUACAUCCUCCACACCUCUCCCCACACCAUGCUCCACAUUUGCCACCUCCAGGCCAGUUUGUUCCUUUUCAAACACAGCAAUCACGAUCGCCUCUCCAAAGGAUAGAAAAUGAAGUAGAGUUACUUGGAGAUCAUCUUCCCGUAGGAGGUUUUACCACCUAUCCACCUUCAGCCCAUCCACCAACAUUGCCUCCCUCAGCUCCCCUUCAGUUCCUAGCACAUGACCCUUUACAUCAAGAGAUGUCAUUUGGAGUACCUUAUCCACCCUUUAUGCCUCGAAGACUCACAGGGCGCAGUCGAUACCGAUCUCAGCAACCAAUUCCGCCUCCUCCUUACCAUCCCAGCCUAUUGCCAUAUGUGCUAUCAAUGCUUCCUGUGCCACCUGCCAUUGGGCCAGCAUUCAGUUUUGAGCUGGAUGUAGAAGAUGGUGAAGUAGAAAACUAUGAGGCACUGCUGAACUUGGCAGAAAGACUGGGUGAAGCUAAACCAAGAGGAUUAACAAAAGCAGAUAUAGAACAACUUCCGUCUUACAGGUUCAACCCAAAUAACCAUCAAUCAGAACAGACUUUGUGUGUAGUAUGCAUGUGUGACUUUGAGUCAAGGCAACUGCUUAGAGUUUUACCAUGUAACCAUGAGUUCCAUGCCAAGUGUGUCGACAAAUGGCUUAAGGCAAAUCGUACCUGCCCUAUCUGCAGAGCUGAUGCUUCAGAAGUGCAUCGUGAUUCAGAAUGACCGGUCUAAGAGCACAAUUCUACUUUGGGUGUUCCUAGUCACAUGUGUGUGU